AUGCCUUCCAAUUAUUCUUCAGUUCCUCCUCAAGAGGUAACAGGAACAACUCAAUUACCUUUAUCACGUAUCAAGAAGAUAAUUGGGACUGAUCAAGACAUAAACAUGUGUUCCAACAAUGCCGCAUUCGUUAUUACUCUAGCCACUGAAAUGUUCAUUCAAUACAUGGCCGAAUCAGGCCACAAUGUUGUCAAGUCUGAACGUAAACCUCGUCGUAACAUUCAAUAUCGUGAUCUUUCCUCCGCCGUCUCCCACAUCGACAACCUCGAAUUUCUCAGCGACAUCGUCCCCAAGACCGUCCCCCUCAAACUCGUCAAAGCCAACGCCCACCUAGCCAACAACCUCGCAAAAUCCAAAUCCACCAUCCCCCCCACCAACCCUCCCUUUCCCCAACCCGCCACCUCGUACGCCGGCCCCUCAGCCCCAACCGCAAACCCCAACUCCUUCCCUCAAUCCCCCCUCCUCGACACAGCACCUCCCCGCGUCUCCGUCUCCGGCCUAUUAGACGACUCCGCCGAUGCAUCCACUUCCACACCAGCUCUCAACCAAAUCCAACCCCAACCCCCAUCUCAACCCCAAACUCAAAACAACUCCCCCACCCAAACUACCACCGCCACCACCCCCGCCCACCCCAUCACCAUCCCCAACGGCUUCACCCCCACCAACAAACCUCAAAAACAGCAAGAACAGCGAAGAGUCAGCACCGCCACCGAAGACGAAGAUCCUAAUGCGCAAUUGCGGAUGGAGAGUCAAGCUAAUAGCGACGACCACAAUGAGGAAGAAGAUGAUGAUGUCGAGAUGAGUUAG